AUGCAAACCACCAUCAAACAACAACGUUCAAGUUCACCGUCUAAAUCAUCGGCUACAAUUCCAUCUCAACUACAAUCAAAACAAGAAUCAAAAGAAAAACAGCACGUUUUCAAAAAACGAGAUAGAACAACAUCGCUAAUGGCAUUACAAACACUAGCUAAAAAAAUAGCUAUCUAUAAACAAAAAUAUGGUGAUAUCGAAAUACGGCAUUCAUCAAUAUUAACACCAGCUGAAUCACACAAAGUACAAACGCAACGUAAAAAAUAA